AUGAUCGGCCGUCUCCCAGCCAUCGUAAUUGAUAAUGGCACAGGAUACUCUAAAAUAGGUUAUGCUGGGAACACAGAACCUCAGUCAAUCAUUCCUUCUUGCAUUGCCGUAAAGGAAUACAGUAAAGUUGGCACCAGAGAAGUUAGACGACUUGGAACUGGUUUAGAUGAUUUAAAUUUCUUCAUCGGAGAUGAAGCACUCGCUCUUGAGGGAAAAAAUGACUUCUCAGUGAAGUGGCCUAUUCGUCAUGGUAUUAUUGAAGAUUGGGACUUGAUGCAACGUUACAUGGAACAGCUUAUUUUCAAACUACUUCGAGCAGAGCCUGAAGAUCAUUAUUUUCUUUUGACAGAACCACCAUUGAAUACACCAGAAAAUCGUGAAUACUUAGCUGAAAUCAUGUUUGAAACGUUUAACAUUCCUGGUCUUUAUAUUGCUGUACAGGCUGUAUUAGCGUUGUCAGCUUCAUGGUGUUCUAAUCGAACUGGCAGUCGUUCACUUACUGGAACGGUUAUCGAUUCAGGUGACGGUGUUACUCAUGUGAUUCCUGUAGUCGACGGUUAUGUCAUUGGAUCUUGUAUUAAACAUAUACCAAUAGCUGGACGUGACAUUACUUCUUUCAUUCAACACCUGCUUAGAGAACGUGAAAAUAACAUCCCACCAGAACUGAGCAUGGAGGUUGCUAAACAAAUUAAAGAACGUUAUUCAUAUGUUUGUCCUGAUUUACCUAAAGAAUUUGCUAAAUAUGAUAGUGAACCAGAUAAAUGGAUUAAACCACAUCUUGUAUCUAAAUCAGCUAAAUAUCCAUCAUUUUCUGUUGAUGUCGGUUAUGAACGUUUCUUAGGUCCAGAAAUAUUUUUUCAACCUGAAUUUGUUAAUCCAGACUUUACAACUUCAUUAAGUGAUGUAGUCGAUGAAGUAAUUCAAAAAUCACCAAUUGAUUCACGUCGUGGACUUUAUGGUAAUAUUGUUUUAUCAGGAGGCAGUUCAAUGUUCAAACAUCUUGAUCGUCGUUUACAACGAGAUAUUAAACGAAAUGUUGAUAAUCGUUUAAAAUUAACAGAAGAACUUACUGGUGGACGAGUUAAGCCUAAAUCUAUUGAUGUUAAAGUAGUUUCACAUCCUAUGCAACGUUAUGCUGUUUGGUUUGGUGGAUCAGUACUGGCUAAUGAAAGUGAAUUUUAUAAUGUAUGCCAUACUAAAGCUCAAUAUGAAGAAAUUGGUCCAGCAAUAUGCCGUCAUAAUCCUGUAUUUGGUACAAUGACUUAA